AUGUCAGUGGUUCAGUUUUGAGAACCACUGGUAGGGAGAGACCCCAAGAGGUCUGGGCAUGGGGAGACGGAGGCAGUGGUGGCCUGGCCUGCUCCCCAGGCCAAAAAGCAGGUUACUCGUGGAUGCAGCCGGUUACGGUAAGACGCCUGGGUGCAACUACCAUGGCUCAGCUGGACCUGUGACUGACCUAGCAGACAGGAAACUGGAGGAAUUGGUGUCCUGGAUGCUAGCAGGAAAAAGAGGACUGUUCAUCUUGGAUGAAGGUACCUGUGGACACAUCUGGGAGGCGAGUUCCAGAAUUCGCCUGUCCGGUUCUGGUGCACACAGGCGCCACUACCUUCGGGCCAGAUGUAGUCCUAGGCCUGAGGAAGAAGAUGGUAGAGGGAAAUCUCCUUCUCUACCUCAACAAGAAACUGCACAUUAAUAUGUUAGCAGAUGACACCCCUGAGCCGAAGUGUUUUGUGAACAGGUGGGCACCCCGGCAGUCGCCACAGUUUUCGGAUAGCCACAGCCGACUGGGGCCCACCAAUGACCACUCACUUGGUCGGCACAGCAGUGUUGCCAGGGAGAAAAGAUUCCUUUUCAGAUGGAACUUGGUACUCCCGUAGUGCAGUGGUACCAGGGCGACCCAAGGUGAACCUCUGGGCAGAGGUCGGUUGCGUCAGGAGGGAAAUUGUAGUUCCCUCCCAAGCAACUACCUGAGGGGGAGGUGUCGCAAAUGUGC